AUGAGUUCCAACAGCGGCUUGGCCGACGCCUUUAAUCCCGGGACCGCAAGCACUAGAUCCGCAUCAACCGUGCGACCGCGAACUCGACGCUUGAUCUCGAUAGUCGACAGUGACAAUGAAGAUAACGGGAGGCAAAUGCAAUCCUCUGGACUUUCAUCUAUGCUCUCUUCAGAGUCGAUUGUCCGCUCGCGCGGCGCCACUCCGUCUCCGAAUCCAUCCCGCGGAGUGUCCCCUAUUCCGAUGAGACAUCCGUCUCGAGCUACCGAAUCUCUCAGUCGCAAUCGAGGAAACAGCUCCCUAGGUGUGUUUAACAUACCACCUCGUGCAGAUUUUCUAGAUGCGUCAUGGUCAUCGCUGCAAAGCUUGGCCUCGUCGGUAUUAGGGAGUGAUAUUGCGCGACCAGCUCCCAACGGCACCUCACGAAGCCAUGUCCGAAAACCCUCGCGACCAGACUUGUAUUCGAGACCGCCGCCGCGCUCGUCGAUCCCUGCGUCAUGGGGACCGUCGGCCCCUUCCACGCCAGAAAUAGGUGUUGGGACCAAGGAAGAACGCCAGGCAUUAGUGCAGGCCAAGAAACGGGAGGCUCUUUUGCUGGCCGACACCGGGCCAGCGUGGGCUUCCAGUUCACGACACAAGCGGCGGGAUUCGAGUGACGUAACGAGUCAUUCCAACAUUGACCCGGAGCAGGAUAAGGACGCCCUAGUAUACAUACAUCAUGUACAGCCGACAGACACCAUCACCGGUGUCACGAUACGAUAUGGCUGCCAGCCGGCAGUCUUCAGGAAGGCCAACGGAUUUUGGCCCAGCGAUAGCAUACAAGGCCGGAAGACGGUCCUGUUACCGGUUGACUCUUGCUCUAUUAAGGGACGGCCAAAACGAUUCCAAGCCGACGGCGAGCUAGUCAAUGGCACUCACGAGUCUCUGGAAGACUUGAAUGGCAGCUCGAUCGCUCCUACUGCAUAUCCGACACCGGAGCCGCAAGAUACCACAAAUGAAGGCGAUGGGGACCGGGUCUGGAAGCACGAGUCCUGGGUAGAGAUUGAAGGCUUUGGUGCGCCAGUCGAGAUUGGUCGCAUCCCUCGAGGCGCAUUGGGGUUCUUCCCACGCACACGGCGAAAAUCGGUGUCGUAUACAGACUCAGUACCAUCUCCAUCCUCAGACCAGGGACGAACAGCAACCACCUCUUCUGUAUCCUCGUCACCGGCUGAGUCCCAGUCCUUCCAGCCUGCCCACCUUCAAUGGAGCCGGCAAUCCACCAACCCUUCCUCACCAGGAAAUUCCAAGAGACCCGUAGUUCGACACCAGCGCCAACGCAGUGGGAUCCAAUUCUCGGCCCCAGGCGUCGGCACGCUUGACCGCGACAUUACAGCACCAGGUCCCGCGAUGGACGGACUGAGCAAGUUCUUCGCCCAGCACCUCCCGAACCUCGCCCCAGUAACCCGGCCUCCCAACUUUGAUACCACCGCCGAUACCCCGACCGCCUCCGCUAUCUCCAACACACCAACGGGCCUCGAAAAUAUCGGGGGAGCCGUCGAAUCCUGGGUGCGGAAAAUGACGAGUCGCGCCAAAGCCGGCCUCAACGACCUGCAACAAGCCACGGGCUCACCGAACCACACCACCGCCGAUCCCACAGGCCAAAUUCAAACAAACGGCCGUCGCACCAUGGGUGAUCUCAUCGAACUCAACGACGGACUAGAGCCAGCGGACAUGGCCUCCACCGCUUCCUCUGGCACUCGUCGCAAACUCGAGCGCAGCGCCCCUUCAUCAGCGUCAAGCUCUCUCCGUCCCAACGGCACAUCGUCGGCAUCUCCGUCCUCCACUCUAAGAGGCCGCUUCGCCACCCCAUCGCCCGGACGAUCGAGCGGGACUCAUCAAUCCGGGGACCGAUGGGAUCGGUUCAAGGACGACUAA